GCGUGAGCUCCGGGAAAUCCGUUCCGCAGCAAGAGGGCGGCUCGCAGUCACUGCGGUGUCAGCCCGAGUCGCAGGCUCGGAAAAAGAGGAGGAGGGAGGAGCGAAAGGCCAAGGCGAAAGCCGGCUCUUCCGCCGGCGCGGCCUCUAGUCUGGCUGCUGUGGUGACCGCCUCCCUUCCUUCUGGUGCCGAAGCCCUUCUUUCUUGGACGGCCCUUCAAGAGUACGCGACGAACAGGUUGACCCUCUUCGCAGGAAUAGCGCUUCUCCUCUCCCUGGUGACAUUCCUUGCAGCGGACGUCGCGGCGCGUUCCGCGCCCGGAAGCGAAGGAAGGGAGCCCCCUCCGGCUGAGGACCAUGGGUGGGACUUCUUCUACUUCCUCUUCCUGGCAGGCCUCGCGUCGAUAGGUCGUACAGCCGCAGACUCGUCUCCCUCUGUCGACAAGGUGAGUCAGUGGGUGUGGGGCGAAGGCUCUUCUGGCCGGACGCACCACUCCUGCACAAGUCCUCCCACUCUCUCCUCUGUGGCGAUUGUCUUCUUGACCCUCGUUGUGAUCGGCCUGGCCCUCUUGCAAAGGGGUGGGACGAAUGAGCCCCUCCUCACCUCUAAUCGAGGCGAGUUUCUCGCCGGAGCCCGAGAGCUUGAGAAGAAUUGGAGCUUCGGUACACUUCGAGGAUUCUGGGCCCAUUGUCGUACCUAUCCGCAGAGGAGCCAGAACCAAGGCUUCGACCCAACCCCCGGUUACGGUCCCGUUCGCAGGGGGCCCAGCAAGGCUCGACAGCUCCACCAUGAAUACAAAGAACUUCGAGUAGCACACUUGCAAGGUGGGGCAGAGUGGAAGGCCGAGACCCUCCUCCUCUUUCUGGCCCGGCUCGCUGAAACGACGCAAAAGUCGUACCUCUCCCAGUGGAGAUGGUGGGAGCUUUUCUGUGCCCGGAGAGGCGUCUCGCCCUGGAGGGGCCCAGCCUACUCCGCGUCGGAGGAGGGUAGGCUCGCCGCGAUCCGGGCCUUCCACAUCACCAGUGGGCUCCCAGACCCGUUCUCCCAACUCCCCAGGGUCGCCCUGGUGGUAGCAGGACUGAAGAAGAAGUACGGUACAAAGGAACGGCGCCGCGCUGUGACGCCCGCUAUGCUGCAGUGGCUUCACUCGCACCUUCACGGAGGAGUUCUUAGCUACGCCGAGGUAACUUUACAGUGGGGAGCCCUCUGCCUGGCUUUCUUCUUCUUGCUACGAGCCUCCGAAUAUCUUGACACGGGAUAUCACUCCCCUUUGCGAGGACUAAGGGGAAGGGACUUGCGACUCUCCAGAGGAGGGAAGCCUUGUUCCCUCCGAGACUUUGAAGAGGCGGAUGAACUCACUGUGUUCAUCAGAGGGUCCAAAACGGACGUCUACAACCGAGGGGAGUACCGAAACCACUACAAGACCGGUCUUUUGCUCUGCCCGGUAACAGCUACGACCCAGCUCUUCAAGUCUUUCCCCCUCCGCUUUGCAGGGGGACCCGAGGAAGACGAGCUACUCUUCAGGGAUUUGGAGGGAAAGCCUCUUCCACGGGCUCUGGUCUCGAUCCUCAUCCGCAAGGCCGCGGAAGCCUUGCAAGAGCCAGAAGGAGCUUUGGGAACCCAUAGCUUACGCUUUGGGGGAGCUUCAGCCCUCUGGGCGGCCUUUGGCGACACCGCUCUCGUCAAGCCGUGGGGGCGCUGGACGUCCGAAUCUUUCCAGACGUACAUCUGGGCGCGUGCCCGGCAGCAGCCUCUCGGUUAUGCCUGGCCGACCUUCCCUGGCCGUGGCGCGUUUCGCGCCCG